AUGUCAUCACCCAAGAGAGAAUCUCAGAGAAAAGGCAGUACAAGACCUGCCAUCACGCAAAGCAAAAGAGAAGACAAGCUUGACUUCUCAUCAAAAUGCAGUUUGGAAUGUGUAGCCACAGCAUUACCAGCAUUUAAGCAAAAAACCUCACUCUUCCACCACACCCUUACAAACAGGGCCCUGUCUCCACUGCAAUAUGAUCUGUCUCUUCUUAAACUACCUCAGUUAGUAUCAAAGGUGGGAGUUGAGCUCGCAGUCAGAGAGUCUGUGUGGAAGGAAGGACCCCGUUUGAUGGUAUCUGCACUUAGUGCUGAUAUUCCUGUCAAAGCAAUGCAGCACAGUGUCAGAAAAUUCGAUUUUGACCAUGAGAAACCCACCGUGCCACAGGAAAGGACUAAAACCAGGAAAAAAUGCAGACCCAAAUCCAAACCACUCUCUGGAACUGAGGUGGUUGAGAUUUUAGCAAAGAAAAAACAUCUGGGAGAAUAUGAUUUUUAUGAUUUGAAGGCUUCUGAAGAUGGUCCUUACAGACCAUAUGACUUGCACGUGGUCCCAAGCAGUGCGGCGGGCACAGAUUACUACACCUUCACCCCUGCCACCGUAAUACAUGUGCAGGAUGGAUGCUGUGUUGAGCUGUGGACCCUAACAGAGUGGUAUCGAGAGUCUGUGCUAUGGCGAGUUCUGAGAGACAUCCCAUUUUUCAGAGAUGAUUUACUUCGCAAGACUUUCAAACGGAUUGACUUUCUUCCAUCUCAACUGUUGAUAGCAGUGCCCCAGUUCAGGGACACCUUACUACAUCUCUCCAGAUUAAUCGAGGAGCUAAAGCAAAUCAAUUGGCUACCACAAGACGAUUCAAGGACUUAUACACUCUUAGAGUUCCAAACUGCACUCCUGGAAAAGAAUCAGGCAGCUCAAGUUUCUUUAGAUAGUUUCCUAGAUUGCCGUGCUGUAAUUCUGAAUAUGGUAAAGGAUAAGAGUUACCAAGCAUAUCAAGAACUCCAAAGGAAAGUGGAACACUCAAAGCUUAACCAUGGCAGACAAUCCAUAUACCUUCAUCACACCUACCUUAGAAACCUGCAGAAAGAGCUCAGCCAAGCAGAGCGAGCCCUUCAGCAGCUGGAAAACCUAGCUGCUCUAGCUGACUGCAUGACUAUUCAAAACCUUGUCACCAUCUCAAAGCAGGAGGUCACAGCUUUCCUAAACAAUGUUUUAAAGAGAGAGCAGGAACAACAGGGCAGCCUCUUCCAGGCAGAGAUUGUAUUUGGAGUAGAUGGCCAGCUUACUGUUUUUCCUCCACUGCACUUGUUCCAGGAAGUUUUGUUUGGAGCUGUGCUAUCGGUAGUAGAUUCUGUCCUGCUGGUAUUUGAUUCAUGGAGUUUGUCAUUUGACUCUAAAGUCCAACUGCUUAAAAGUUCCAUGUUCAUCAGUGGUGUUGAAGACCUCACCAGCAGAGCAUGUACCAGUAUGACUACUGGCACUACAGACAGUGGUUUUGAAGUAGCAGGUCCUAGCAGAGUUGCCUCCCAAAAAGAGUGUAAUAUGUCACCCCAAACCAUUGUGCCAGUCAAAAUGAACUCCCUCAGGAUUGAGGCACAAAGAGUGCGAGGGUACUAUCAUUCUCUGUCACGGAGACAGCUAGAGUGGAAUUUGAAACUCCAUAUUGGCACAGAAGAGAUUCAAAAUGAGCAGACCAAGAUUACACAGGAAGCCAUUGCAGAGGUGCACCAACUAUGUGAGAGUCACUCUUGGUUGAUAGAUGUUCUUGUAUUCACCAACCAGUGGGGUUCAACUGCUCUGGAGGCCUUGCAAGGAGGUUCCUCCCUGAAAUAUGAGGAACAAAUAAAGAAACUUCAUUUUUGGAUGGAUAGAGUUCACAACAUGCCAUCAUCCUUUACCACAUCGAAUAAACUGUUCACUGUUAAGAUCUCCAACAUCCAGGAUGAGAUGGGUUCCUUGUUGAGCACCAUUGAUGAGGAUGUGCUAAAGCUACUGUCUGAAGAUUUGCACUCACGCUCUAAGAACUUGACUUCUGAGCUGAAAAGAGCUGUGGAAGUCAUGAAGUCUGAGCCAAAUAACUUUGAUGAUUUCACAGUUUUUUCAAAUAUGGUAAAGCACAGUGAGAGGACAUCAGAUGAUAUGAAGCAGAGACUGGAAGACCUCCACUCUCUACAACAGGCUGUGCAGAGGAAUUAUACACACAUUGUGACAUCAGAUGGAAUGCUCUUUUUAAAGCAGAUGGAUGACUUGUGGAAUCAGUUUAUUCCACUCUUGAAACAAGCUGCAGACAUAGAAACCCAGCAGCUUCCUUCUAGACUUAAUACACUGGACAGCAACUUUUCCUCAUUAGCAAACAAAAUACAUAACCUGGUUUCAAGAGCCACCUCUGGAGCCUACCUUGACCCUGACCAGAAUGCCAAGGAAAUGCUUGUCCAGCUCAAUGCAUUGUGCAUUCAAUUCAAUAUAACUGCUGAACAGCUAAAAGAUCAGAGCAGAGCCAGUGAGAGCUUGAGAGGACACCCACUAGAUCUUACUUUUGUGACUGAAGCACAGCAGAAUAUAGAAGCAAGAAAAGGCCUCUGGGAGCUUAUGAGUGUGUCCUCCACACAAAUCCAAGAGUGGAAGCUACUGAGGUUCAGCAAGUUUGUGGUGGCUAAAGCCCAAUGCAAGGCUAGUGAAUGGCUGCAACAGGCAGAAGCUUUUGCAAGAGUUAUUCCCUCACAUGAUGCCGUGCUACAGAAAACCCUACAGAUUUUGCAGGGAUUCGAUCAGCUACUCCCUGUAUUAAGCAAGCUAUGCAGCCCCACACUGAAACACAAACACUGGAGAAACAUUUCAAAGGGAAUCAGCCUGCUGUAUGAACCAGAACUGAAAUUAACACUGGCUGAUCUUAUGUCCAAAGAACUGCAGGAGCAUCAAAAUGAAAUAAACAAGAUCUAUCUAGAUGCCAAAACUGAGGCAGAUAUGGACCAGACAUUCCAAACACUUCAAAGCCACUGGAAAGGGGCAGUAUUUCGUCAUGCCAGGUUCAUUAUUGCUGUGCAGCAACAACACCAUCCACAACUAGGUGAUGCAAAGGGGGAAAACACUUUUCCUUCUCAUGACUCACCUCACAAUGCACUAAAGCACCACAUUAUGGAUGGUGGAACCUUCACCAUUGUUGGUUUAGAGAUUCUUAUGGCUCAGACUAAGGAAAGUGUUUCGAUCCUUUCUGAAAUGUUGCAUUCUCCACUUGUUGCUGAGUUUCAAGAGGUUGACCACUGGCUGCUGCUUUUACAGGAGCUGGAUGAAUUGCUGGAUCUUUUUGGGAGAUAUCAGCAAAAGUGGAUCUUCUUGAGCAAAAUGUUUAAGGAAGCAUUUGUUGACAUCCAAAAAUCAGAGAUGCAAGAGAAGUUUCACCCAGUGGAUAAGAUGUUUCGGGAAAUAAUUCAGAUCACAGUUGAUGAGCCUCAUGUAUUAAGAUUUGUUCAACUGAUGAAGACAAAAGAGACCAGUCACAGUUUCCAAGGACAAAGUCUUUGUGCUGUCUUUCUGAAUGGACUCAUAACAAUGGAGGAGAUUUCCAAUCAGUUACGCUAUGUCUUGGAAUCAACACGAAGCCAGUUCCCUAGACUCUACUUUCUCAAUGAUGAAGAGGUGAUGAAGCUUCUCUCCUUGCAGCUCCCAGGACCUUCUUCCCUUUUACCACUGGUACAAAAAUGCUUCAGGGGAGUGAGGUGGCUUGAUAUUCAGGGUGAAGGUGAUGUGAGUCAUAAACAUGACUUGACAGAUCUAUGUAAUGAGUUGAUGCGGGUAUGUGGUGUAUAUGGGGCCUUUAAGGAACAUGUUCCCUUCCUCUGUCCUCUUGAGUCAAACCUCAAUCCUGUGGCUUGGCUUGGUCUCUUUGAUCAAAAAUUAUAUCAAGCAAUGAAACAGACAAUUCUGAAAUGCCUAGCUGUCCAGCAAUGUUCAAGGCUAGAACAUCUUGAGGACACCACAGACUUGAUUGGGAACAAUAAGAGUAACAAUUUGGAAGUAGUUCAUGAACCUCCCUCACUUUUGCAGCUAAUAUCACACUAUCCAUUGCAAUGCCUUUUGGUGGUCGAAGAGGUUUUGUGGUGUAGUAUGGUCCAGAAGUCAUUCUACGGUUCAGCAAAAUCCACAUGGGCACCAAUCAAGUCCCAAAAUAUAGCAAAACUGCGCUAUUUGUGUCAGGUUAUAAAAGACCACUCUGCAAAUUCAAAAGAUAAACGCAUCAUAAUAGCUCUACGUGCUUUGGUUAUGUUGACCAUGAAGCAUUCCCAGCAAACUGAUGGGCUUGUUGAAGUAAAAGGGGAACUGGAGUCUUCUUUUGAAUGGCACAAGUUACUGAAAUAUCACCUAAGCCCAAGUAAUAAUCAGACUCCAAGUGACAUAUUUACAUCUCAGGAGGAUUUGGCCUGUAAGGACCAGGAUGUCUAUGUUGAUAUUUUGUGCACACAAUUGCAAUAUGGCUAUGAAUACAUAGGGCCUGAGAACUGGACAAUGGUGACUACCCCUUCAACUGAACAAGCUUACAUGGGCAUAAUCUUUGCCUUAUCCACCUACAAGUCUGCUUUCAUCAGUGGACCCCACAUGUCGGGUAAGCAGCAUACUGCAGUGCAAUUGGGAUAUGCAUUGGGAAGACAAGUGGUCAGUAUGGAGUGUUGUUCAAAGACCGGUUCCUCAGUGGUUUCUCGAAUGCUUCUUGGUGCUCUUCAAACUGGUGCUUGGCUUGUGCUUGAUUCUGUGGAUUCAAUGGGACAAGGGUCAUUGUCUGUGUUGGGACAACAUUUAACAGAUAUUCAUCAACAUUUAGCAGUAGUUCAAAGACAUGCACAACAGGAAGGACAUGAGCCACUACUUGAUGUUUUCUCAAAACUGUCCUCCUCAGUUAGUAAGUGCAGCAGUAGAGAAUUCCUCAAAAAGCAUAGCAAUACAGGGAAUAAGGUGGAAUGUCAAACUGCUGGGAAAAAUAAGUUAAAUUAUGGUUGUAUCACAAUUGCAGCAAAUGGAUACUCAACUGAGGUACCUGAAAACUUGAGAGUAGCUACCAGGCCUGUUUCAUUGAUGCAACCACACUACAGGAUCAUUGCAGAAGUGAUGCUGGUUUCGUUAGGAUUCUCUGAAGCAGCAACCAUAAGCCGCUGCCUGGUCUCUCUCUUCAGCCUUGCGAAGGAUUCACAUUGCCUUCCUGAUUUUGUCUGUGGUCAUCAGACCUCCUGGCUUGUCCUUCUCAGAAAUGUGAUUACUGCCUCUGGAACACAUUUGCAUCACAACAGUCAUUUGGAAGAAACUGAUAGGGGUGAAUUUUCUAGACAGAGUUGGACAGGAUCUGUUACAACACUAAAGCCACUUGAAACAAGCCAAGGCCAUUAUUCAUUGCAUUUUAAGUCUGUCGAUCAAUCUGAUGCAUUUAUAAAUGCAGAGUUAGAGGAGCAAGCAGUAAUCAAAGGAGUUCUGUCAGCCAUGCAGUUUACUGUUUCAGAUUCAAAGAGAGCAUCACAGUUUCUUACAAUAUUUGAGGAAAUCUUUCCAGAAGCUAGGUAUUUUUCAAGUCUCCAAAAGUCUGAGGAGAGAGAACAAAAUGUCCUUACAAAUGCAGUGAAAGAAGAAUUACAGCAAAGACAAUUUUAUGCAGAAAGACAAAUGCUUCAAAAUGUGUUGAUCCUGUAUCAAGCUUUGAAGCUCUCCAAUGUUGUAGUGCUCAUUGGACCAGCAGGAAGUGGCAAAACAACUUUGUAUCAAGCUCUUGCGGGUGCACUUCAAAAACUUGCCAAAGCUAUAGCGGCUGACUUUAUUGAGGAUGAUCAUUAUUCAUCUUGCCCAUGUUGGACCACUGUAAACACAGAGAUCUUAUUCCCUAAUUCCUUCUCCCACGAAGAGUUUUUUGGCAGUACCUGUGAUCUGUACAAAUCUUGGUGUGAUGGGGCUUUCACCAAAGCCUUAAGACACUCAAAACAGCAUGAACUUUCGCCCAUGGCUUCUUGCAAAAGCAAAAAUAAAACUGUACAAAUGAUAAAGAGAGUAAAAUGGAUUGUGCUGGAUGGGGAUCCACUUGGUAAGCCGUCUUGGUUAGACUCUUUGACUACUCUUUGUGAUCUUGAAAGUCCCUUUCUUUGGCUUUCAUCAGGAGAGAAAGUUCAGCCAUUAAGAGCGGAACUGAAAAUACUAGCUGAGAUCAUAAACCUUGGUGAGGCAUCUCCCUCUUUAGUGACACACUGCAAUCUAGUAUAUGUCUCUGGAGAGAACAUGUGGAGAGCUGUGUGGAAGAGUGAGAUGGAUGUGCUCUCCAGGGUCCAUAAUCUAGACAAGAUUAUUCGGAAAAUGUGGAGGCACCUAGCUGAAGACCUUUUUUCAGACACUGUAAUGUUUCUCAGACACAAAACACUUUCUCCUGUGAUGGCCUGUGAUGGAUAUGGUUUGCAGGAAGUAAUGUCAUUCAUUAGAAUUCUUCAUGCCCUUUUAGAGCAUUUUGGGAAAGGAGCAGGCUUGAAAUAUACAUCAAGGCAAACUGAGACAACAGUGCUCAAGCCAAGCUGUGCUGAUUUCAUGGCUCCCUCCACUCAGUGGGGAUUGCGAGCAAGAAAUGUAUUUGUUGUGGCAUACAUUUGGGGUUUUGGAGGACACUUGCACCCUAGACACUGGACACAAUUUGAUCUUUUUGCACGAGAGGCCCUGUAUAAGAGCCUUUGCAAAGUUGAGACUCCACCUGAAGGCACAGUGUUUGAGCAUUUCUUCGAAUUCAAUGAGGAAAUAGGAGAAACAACCAAUUUCAUCAGCCCCACCAAGCAUAAGAGUCUACAGCUCUCCUUCACAUAUGUGCCCCAGUAUGAAAAGCAUGCAUAUCUCCUGGAAAUGCUGCUGGAUGCUCAUCAGCCAGCACUUCUUGUGGGAGAGUCUGGCUCUGGCAAAACAAUACUGUGCAAGUCUUUAAUAUCACAAGGCAGACCACACAAGCAUUUACCAGCUAGUCCAUGUCUACAACCUUCUGACUUAUGCAAGAUACUCAAGGGAAUGGGCUACCAAAACACUCAACCAGAAAACAUUGGGGAUGCCUUAAAACAGCCAAACUUACUUCUGUUCAUCGAUGAUCUGCAUGAAGCACCAUUUGAUGCUUGUGGAAAAACAUCAAUGACUCUAGAGAUCUUGCGUCAGUCUAUUUUGAGGGGUAGAGUGUUGACUUCUGACGGAACUCACCUCAAGCUGUUGCAAACAAGAGGCAUUAAUUAUCUAGGCACUUGCAGUGCUCCUAACGUGGGCAACAGCAAUUGCAAUCAGAUUUCUCCUCGGCUCUCUCGGCUGUUUACCAUCUUGGCCCUACCAAGCAUGACUUUGGAAAUCUUGUUUUCUAUCUAUUCUUCAAAAUUGCAACCAUGGUUGAAGGAAAUACAACCAGUGCAAAGGGUUGCAGAUAUGGCAAACUGCAUCAUUACUUCAACUCUGAAUGUCUAUGUUGCUGUGCUUGAACAUUUUACAACUGCUUCACACAGUCUAAACUUAAUGUUUUCUUUGCAUGAUAUUCGAAAAGUGUUUCAAGGGAUGUGCCUCUGGAGGCCAAUGCUUGAUGCCCAGCCGACUCUACUAAAGAUGAGCUGUCUGGGUGUUAGGAGCUUUUCUUCAACUGAGAAAACCGUCUGUCUUCCAGCAGUUCUUAGUAUUGCAGCCCUUGAGCUUAACAUUGCUCGCCUGUGGAUGCAUGAGUGUUUGCGCACCUUUGGUGAUCGUCUAGCUUCAAUUGAGGCAUGCAAAAAACUUGUUUCAAUUAUAGCUGAAGUUUCUGAGAAGAAUUUUUGCACUAAGUUGUCUACUCGGUACCAAAUAUCCCCAGCAGAUAUAUCCAGUCCUAAUGGUCAAUCAACAGUGACAAACACUCAUAAUCUGAACCAACAUCUACUUUCAAGCCCAUGUCAGUUAGAAAAGAAUGCUCUUCCUGUGCUAGGACUGGCAGACAUUGAGUCAGAACAGACAGAGAGAGUAGAGAGCUAUGUUUCAAAGAGCAACUCCAGCCUGAAUGGUUCAGAAGGUGAUGAGAAUGCAUCCUUAUACAAAAAGAACAAAUUAAAAGAUGAAGAAAUUAAGCGUGAACCAGCAACAUCAGAGUGUAAAUAUGAAUCUGUAAGUAAAUCACUGUGCAGUCAAUCUCCUUCUGGUGAAGAGAAACAUGUUUCAAAGCUAGCGUCACAGAAAGAGUUAUCCACUCAACAUGUCCCUUUAACAACAUGUGAAAUAAACACCCCAAAAAUAUUCAUUGAGCUUCUGCAGGAAUGUGCUUCUUCCAUCCAAAAUGUUGUCUUCAGUCCAGAACUUUGUGGGCAACUGAACAACAAACUUCAACAUCAUAAUUUUAAACGCAACUCCAUGUAUCAAGAGAGAGACGUGGACGUACUGAUAGACCAGCUAGUUCAUGCUAUUAAAAGCAGGGAAGAAAAUAAAGAGGAAAAGUCUGAUAACAGUUACUACAGCCCUACAUGGGUUGUGCAUCAUCAGAAUGUAUGUCAGCUUGUGCGUAUCCUCCGAGCUUUGCUUAUUCCUGGUGGACAUGGGGCUCUAUUUGGAACAGCAAAGAAAACAGGCAGAAAGACCAUUGUACGCCAAGCUGCCGCUCUGGCAGGAUACCAACUAAUUGAGGUUCAUCCUGGAAAUGAGGCCAAGUUGUGGGAAAUGUUAAAAGAGGUUGGGACCCGAAUAGCUGUGAAUGGUGGAUCGUUGGCUCUACUGGUUCACGAGGAUACCAGCCAGGCUGUUAAAGAAGAGCUGCUGCUAAUUAUGGCAAAUGGAACUCUUCCUGGACUUUAUUCAGAUGAGGAAGUGAAGAACGUGACACUGAGGAUGAAAACACAAGGCAUGAAGAACACGCAGCGGCUGUUGAAGGAUGACCAAGCUCUUGAAAUGUAUUUCAAAAGCAUCAAAAGAAAUAUGCAUGUUUUCCUGCUUUAUCCUCUACUCUGGGACAAGAGUGAAAGACAGUCUGGAAAAUCUUUAGUUAGUGAGAAACAUAUCUCCAAGGCUUUGAAUCUAUGUUGUUGUGUAGAAGUGUACCAACCUUGGACCACAGAAGCUUUGGUCGAAAGUGCCUUGUAUAAUUUAAGGACCAGUCAUCAGAUACCCGAGACAGAUAUUGCCAAGGAUAGCUUAGUGGCUAGUAUUUCUAAGGCAAUGGCAGGAAUUCAUCUGUCUGCUACAAAAUAUGCUGUCACACUGCUUAAUUUUCAACCAUUCAGUCCUCGGUCCUAUACAGAGCUGAUGGUUCAGUUCUUCUGUCACUGCCAGCACCUCUUUGAGCAAAACAGAUUUCAGGAUAACCGGUUGGCAAAGGUUCUAGCAAGUGUUAAGGAAAUGUCUGACACAGCCACAAGGCACACUCAAGUAGUUUUGAGUUUCAGGGCCAAAUGUGAAGAAAAACAGAAGUGUCUGGACCAGCUGCAGAGGUCAGUAGACAUGGCCCAAAAAAGCUGGGAACAGACCCGGCACCAUAGUAUGCAGGAAGAGAACUACCUUUCCCAGCUAGAGGAUCAAUUACUUCAAGUUCAGCAACAAAUUCAAGAUGCCUUUAAACAGGUAAGCCCACUGUACCAGGCAGCUGUGGAAGUACUGCGGACUUUGAGCCACUCUGACUUGGAAGAGGUCCGGAACUACAGGGCACCCCCUGACAUAGUGGUCAGAGUCAUGGAUAUUAUAUGCAUAUUAUUCAACCAGCCAUGUGGCUGGGCAAACAGCAAACAACUUCUGAGGCGUUCCAGUUUCUUUCAGGAACUGGAAUUUUUUGACUGCUCUAAAUUAAGUGAUGAGAUGAUUCAAACUUUGGGGCAGUUCGUACAUGCACCAAGCUUCCAGCCAAGUUAUGUGCGAGAUGUGAGUCAGGCAUGCGAGUCUUUGUGUCAUUGGGUUAGGGCAGUUUACCAGUAUGCUUGUGUACAGUGCCGUAUGGUCCCUAAAAAGGCUCAAAAGCAUGAUUUAGAUGUGCUCAUGAAAGAGAGUCUAGCAAGGUUGAGGGACGCCAGGCUGCAAGAAGAAUCAGCACGGGAAAGACUAGAAGACCUGGAGAGACAGCAGGAGUUCAACAGACAUGACAUGGAGUUGCUAAAGGCUCAGCUUAGCACAGCAGAGGCACAUGAGAGGGAGUCAUCUGCUGCCCUCAAGCUGGUGGAACAUCACACUGAAGACUGGACAUUGGCAAGAAAGGAAGAAAAACUGAAUAAUCACAAUAUUCCAGGCGACGCUCUGUUAUUGGCAGCUACUGUAACAUACUUGGGUCCAUUUGGGCCUGAUAUUCGACAGGAGCUUCUGCAGAAGUGGUACAAACUUUGUCUCACUGGUGAAAUUAACAUAAAAUCUGAGGACCCACGUAUAACAAUUUUUAAUGUAGUACCCCUUACAGCCUCUGAAAACUAUGUUCCCAUUCCUGUAAAAUUCAUAUUCUCUUUAUGCAAUGUUACAGGAGAUGAAGAAAAAUGCCAUAAAAAGGGACUUACAGUUGCUGCUGAUGAUCCAGAGUUACUUGAUAAACUAAAUCAUGGAGCAGAAGAAGGUCUAAGAGUAUUGGUGACACAUAUUGAACGAGCACUGCAAGACCUAAAAUUCCUUGAGGUGUUUGUUCAACUAGCAGGUCGUCAGCCUCUUGAUCAGAGCCAUCCUGUUAAAGCUGCUCAUUCUGACUUUCACCUCUUUAUGAGUACUUCUCUCCCAGUUCGAGAUCUGGUAAAUGAAAUUCACCCUUCCUUCCUGGAUGAUGUUCAAAUUAUCGAUCUUUCUUUGAGCACAACGGAAGUUAAAGAUCUUAUUUUGGCAGAACUGAUGCAAUCAGAAUGUUCAAAACUGUGGACUCUACACUGCCAAGUACAAACAGAAAAACAGACGCUACAGCAUAACCUUUGUCAAAACAAGGUUUCCUUGAUAGAGUACAUCUUGAAUAAUUCCACACCACUGCUUCUGGACCCUGAGUUCCUCCCACAUGUGGAUACAUGUCAGAGUGUCUCUCUUGGACUUAAGACAAAAAUCAAGAAGCUGACCCAAGAGAUAGAUCGUCACAAAUCCCUAAUGGCUGAUUUUUAUGGUGUCGCAGAACUCACCACAGCCAUUUACAAUGCUCUACAGGAUGUGGUCCAACUUUCCCCUUGUUACCUUUUUACUCUACACAGUUUUCUCCUCACUUUACGAUCAGCUUUAGCCCAGAAGAGCCCAGAUAUGAGGUUUCAUGGAGAGAUGGUGCCGAGUGCAGUCAUAACUGAGAUUACCCAGAGGAUUGUUUCUCAUUUUGUCUCUCAGUAUAAAUCAUGCUUGUUCCAGAGCCAUUCAGCAUUACUCAGAUUGAUGGUAUCUGUGGCACUUAUUGUGCACAAUGAAGGCUGCUCUGAUGCUGAACGAGUUACUUUCCUCAGAGGAUUGAGCGACUUGAAAUUUCCAGAACGUUUUUUAGCACUAUCCACACAGUCUAUCCCUGAACUUCCGAGCUGGAUUCAAACACACACGCAAGAUGAUAUUUAUCUCUUAGAGACAAUAGCACCCUUCAGAGGUCUAGUGUCAUCUCUGGUAAAUUCAUCCAAGUUAUGGAAGGAGUAUCUGCACUUUCCUUCAUCCACAGUAAUUGGACCUGUCCCUUGUCAGUCUCACUCCCAUUUGUCCACAAUGCAGCGUGCUAUUCUCUGGAAGACGCUGUGUCCUCAUUGGCUAGCAGCGGUGGAAGAGGACCUUGCAGCUUGUGUGCAAGGAAGUAUGCUGCAUUCAGUUGUUGCUGAAGGCCCUCCAAUAGGCUCUCCAGAAGCACUCUCCAAUCUUUUGUCCAAACAUGAAGGUCCUGUAGUUGUACAUCUGCCAGAUAAAAAUGAAGCUACACCUGUAAGAAUCCAUCCUCUCCACUUGAUUAAACAAGUUGCUCAGUACCAAGCAGAAAAGAAAGGGGUGAAUGUGAAUUUUAUUUCUUUCGGGAAUGGUUGCCAUGGAGAUACUGUUCUCUCAUCGCUGGACAGUGCUAUCCAGAAUGGCCACUGGCUAGUCCUUAACAACUGUCAUCUGCUUGACUGUUGGGAUGUCAGAGUUGUGAAUGAGUUAACACAAAUAGUGUCAUACACUACAAAAGGGAAUUUGACAGAUCUGGAGGCAAAUGGAGGGCCUUUUCGUGAUGGUAGAAGCGUAGUAAAGUUUGUGCAUCCCUGUUUUAGACUUUGGCUCAUAACCAAAGGUGACAACCCUCAAUCAGUUCCAGUUGCAGUUAGAAUCAGUGCCUUCCACUUGGUGUGGGAUUCCUCCUUGGAUCUGAAGGAUGAAUUGUGGUCCUCAGCUAGACUAACGCUAUCUGCAGCACUCUCCUUCUCCUCUCCCGGACACUCUAAGGACACGGUGAGGCCACUUCUGCAGUGUGCCAUCCUGCACUCUGUCCUGCUGCAAAGACAAACAUUCAAACACUUGGGCCAAGGGCAACUUUACUUUUGGACUCAGGAAGAUCUGCUUGCACUGAUUGACGCACAUGUCCGCAUAGCCAAACACUGUAGUGAUCCCACUGGUGCAUUAGAGUACAUAGCAGGUCACCUGGUAUAUGGCAGUCACGUUUCAGACCAUGCUGAUCUAGCAGCUGUGCGGAGUGUUGUUAGGGUGUGUCUAGGACAACCAUCUACAUUGUGGGGACGUGGCCCUCACAUUCUUUCAGAUAUCAUUAGCUUUACAGGAAGAUUUGAUGCUGGAUGCCUAUUGAAAGGCUUGAGACGUCGUAUUCAGUCCAUCACUAGUGGUACUGACCCAUUAAUUCUGGGCUUUAGUCCAAGUAUGGCAGGUGAUAUGGUGAGGCUCAAAAGUCACACCCUCAACAUUCUACUGUACCAGUCGCAGAGCAUCUACGGAGAUGUCAUAGGAGGCCACGGUUCCCCUGUAAUGCAACCCCAACAACUUGAAGACUACAAGCAGGCUUGGGAAAGGUUGCUAACUUUGCAAGACAAGUUGAGACAGAGGGAUAACAGCAUUGGUGUGGGAAUGGAAUCUGCAUUUCUUGGUCCAUUACAUUGUUUCUUCCUGGCAGAGUGGGAGUGUUUGGGCAAGCUGGUGUCUUCCUUGCUUUUGGAAAAUUUUAAGCCAAUUAAAAAUAACAUAAUAGGCUCCACUCCUGCAUAUCUAACAUCAUCAGCUCUCUCACGUCUAGAGACUCAAGCAGAACUUCUCAGAUCAUACCUGUGGGAGGAGUCAACCAGCAUUUCACCUCAUGCUUAUCAAUUGGCUGCCUUUCUUAAUCCCCAAGGCUUUCUGGCAGCUCUGAUCAGAGAUGCAGCCCACAUCCAACAGAAGGAUAUCAGCCUAUUCUGUAUGCAUUUCAAGGUGCUUGGUGAUACAGUAACACCAUCCUCUUCACCCCAAUGUGGUGUCUGCCUGUCUGGACUUGAACUACAGGGAGCGUUGUGGAAUCCAGGGCUUGAAGUUCUUGAGGAUACUCUGUCCCCCGAAUCUACUCAUUUCCCAGCCCUCUGGGUCAGUGCUGAAAAGGGGGAAGGUGACAGAAGCUCUUCCAUUAAUAGCCCACAUUUUAAUUCCUCCUCCCUACCUCUCUAUUACUGUCCCUUGUAUGUAAACAGACAAAUUACAGAUGGAGAUCACUGUCUAUCUGCUGACAACAUUAUCACCCAUGUUCCACUUGCAACAAAGUUAGAUCCAGUGCUGUGCACUAUGAGACGAGUUAGGUUAACAAGUACUCUCUUAUAAUACCCCCAGUGAGGAAUGGUUUUAAAAAUCUGAUCUGUGAAGAAAUAAAAGGGAAGUAUGAAAAACAAAAUGUGUCAUUUUGGCAUUAACAUUAUUGCAAACUUGCUUAUCUUACAGAUGGUGAAACACAUUUGAUAAUCUUUCAUAGAAAACUUGGAAGUGUUUAGUGGACUUAUUUUUAUGUCAUACAUUAUCAACGAUUUUUGAUUUUUUUGUUUUAGUAUUCACUUAUAAAGACUACUAGAAAGACCAAUGUUUUGUUUUUGUCAUUUUUGUCAUUUUGUGCUCUUAACAUUUCAUGUGUGUUAAAAAUGAAGGUGUUAACAAAAACCUAUACAUAUACUUAAUGGAGAUUGUC